UGCAAAACUACAACCUGAUUCACAUAUGGGAUAGAUCUUGUUGUCAUUCAGACACAACACAAUGGCUUCAUCGGCUCGAAAACCAUACAGCUGCUGUGAAAGCUCUGGAUUUGUGCCCCUUGACACAUCAAAAACCAUUUUACUUAACUUUCGGAAAAGUUGUCUGCCACUUCCCAGUUGCCUCUAAGUACUGAUCUCUUCCUGAUCAGUAAAAACCAUUUUACUGAUCUCUAACUGUCCAAAACCACCAAAAAGUCAAAAAUCUACCAUUUCCGAGUUACAGUGAGGGCAGAGGAGGGUCAGUGGUUGAAAUUCAGUUGGAAGGGCGGAAGGUUGAUACUUUUCUUUUCGUUCUGAAUUCUGAUGCAAUGGGUGCUUACUGUUAGCAAUUGACUUGUGAACUGAAUUUAUGACUGCUAAUAUGGACAUUGUGAUGCCUCGAUGCCUUUCCUUCAAGGAAACUGAUUACUUUGAAAGACCCCUGGCAUCCAAGAGUUGUAAUGCAUCCAAGGAUUGGACUUCCAAGCACAACUUAAGUGGGCUAAUUUCAAUGUCCGCCACAAAGUGCGAGUUCUUGCGAAUGAAGAGCCCUCAAGCAAGUAGAUCUAGUUGGAGAACAGCAUUUGCUUUGAACACAGGUGGACUUCCCGAAAACAACCAGGAGAGCUUUGACAAUUCUGGUUCCGGUCUAGGUGCAACUCGUUUGGGGAGGAUUGUGGGUGCUGCAGGCAGGCAGCUUUUAGAAAAGCUUAGUUCAACUAAAAAGAAUUUUCCAAUGGAGGUUGAUGAGGGAACGUGCAUGGAGGAAACUGGAUCCGGUGCAGUAGCAUAUAUUGAUAAUGAAAAGGUUUCUGUUGGUACACUGGAUUGGACUAAAAGGAAGCAAAAGAGUACGCUUGAAAGUGAAGGACUGGCAACAGAGAGGAGGAAAAAGCCGGUUUCCUUAUUGUUGCUGCAAGCUGGUUGCUGGUUGCGAUCAGCCAUGAUGAAGGGUUUUGCUAUGUCGAAACAGCUGAGAUCAGAGUAA